AACCCAAAAAAAUUUGUAUUUAUUUAUUUUUUUUUUUAAUGAAAUUUUUAUUUCAUAAAAAGUGAAAGAGACAACGGGAAGAUGAACAGCUUGGGUCAGCUGAAGCGUUGCCUGCAGCGCCGCUAUCGAACUGUGGCCUCAGCCAUUCUAUUUGUUGCGCUGCUCACGUUCUUCCUGGAGCAGAGCUACGUGGGCCAGCAGCGGGAUCUGCUGUACUGGCGGGAAAUGGUGCUGCACAUCAGCCAUCGGCCGUGCCUCUUGUGCUUUCUGACCGCCACGGUGCUCUGCCCGCUGCUGAUAAUGUUGCUGAUCCAACAGCGCCUGAUCCUGCGCAUAGAGUACACGGUGGCCAAGCUGAUGCGCCUGUAUCGUCGGCGCAAGUUUGCCGACUUCAUUGUGCGCCGGCUGCUCCUGCAGCUGGAGCUGGCCAUGCUGCGCAUGCCAGGGCAACUGGAGGCGCAGCAGCUGCUCGACGAUCCGACAACAAGGCGACGCUAUCAGCUGGCCAGCGAUGCUGCCCAUCGGGCGGUGGACAUCUUCAGGCGUGACGCGGCCGCUCUGCUGUUCCAGCGCUAUCGACUGUACCCCGAGGACACCACCUAUGUGCUGCGGGAGGAGGAGCUGGUUCUGCUGCACGGCGGCUAUGGCCAGAUUGAGUUGCACGUCAACAGCCAGGUGCUGCGGCGUCUGCUCUAUCCGCAGGGCAAGAGCCUGGCAUAGUUUAUACAAAAUUUCUUGUUUGUCGCGUUUUCAUUUCUCUUCUAAUCUAUAUACAUAUAUAUACUCUAUAAAACUCAUUAGUGCAACUUUAGCAGCUCCGUCCGCAACCCCCCGGCUCCUGCUGCUUCGCGCUUUGCCCCGCUUAGUGCGUGUCAUUCGCGUCAUUUAUUUAAAUUGCCACAUUUCGGACUUAAUGUGCUUAUGCCGCCGAAAUAAAACCUUAAAUUUCCACCCUCUGUGGAAAAUGAAUAAAAACGUAAAGCUGUAUGAUAUAGUGGUCCAAUCCGACAUAUGUACUGCCUGCUACAUAAAGACGGCCUGCAAAGUCUCCAGACGAUAACUUUAAAACUGGGAGACCUGUUCGCAUAGAAACUGACGGACUGACCCAUGGACGGAUAGAUAUAUAUAUACCGAUACGUCGGUUGAUGCUGAUUCAGAAGAUUUAUACUCAAUGAGCUGGGAGAUGUCUCCUUCCAUGCGUUACACAUUGCCUGACAAAACUAGCAUACCGUCCACAAGGGUAUACAAAAGUAACUAAAAUAUAUUUUUUCUCGA